UCCUUCUUUCCUUCCUUCUCUCUAUCUAUAAAUGUCAAACGGGAAAGUCUUAAAUGCAUCAGUACAGCAUUAAGCCAGUUGCCGAUAGUUAAUCGAUAGAAACAUCGAGAGAUCGAGAGAGAUCGAGAGAGAGAGAGAGAGCGGUGAUGGCUGGGUUGCAGAGAUCUGAAGUCUCGUUCAGAAGGCAAGGCUCUUCAGGGCUGGUGUGGGACGACCGAUUCAUACAAGCGGAGCUGAGGCGGAAAGAUGAGCUUGAUGCCCAGGAAAAGGCCGCCCUCGGAGACGAUCCCAAUAACACCAAGCCUUCGUCGACGCCAGCCAGGGCCAGCGCUCCUCCUCCCAUCGAGACCCUGAACCGGAGCCGAUCCGACAACGGCGCCGGGGGGCGAGGGUACCGGAGCGGGAAGGUGUCCCAGGCGAUCGAGCCGCCGUCGCCGAAGGUGUCUGCAUGUGGGUUUUGCGGCGCCUUCGGGAAGCAACCCAAGAAUCGCAAAACCAAUCCCGGGAAGCGCAGAUCGAGAUAGGACCGGGCCCCGUGUGUAGUGCCCGGUUCUCUGCUGGUGACUGGUCAUGGUGUAUCUGCUUCAGGAGGUGAAUUUUUUUUCUCUUUUCUUUAUUGAUAGAAAUAUAGGAUUUUCGUCAUAUAUGAGAUAAGAUUUAGCUGAUAAAUAGUGUGGUCUAUGUCUCAAUAAACUGAGAUUUGUGGGAGUUUUGGGAACAAGAAGUGGGAAAGUUUGGUACUUUGCUUCUUUUGUGUUUUUGUCCACCCCCUGUUCUUUCUUAUGAGCUCAAUAUGCUGUUCUUCCUUUUGGGGUUGGAUUUAGAUUCUAGAGAAGCUCUGUUCAUGUGAUGGCCUUUACUUAUGCGAUCGUGUCUGUAUAUCUGUCUCGAAUUUAUGUGAAUUUCAUCUUUGUACAAA